AGAGGAUAACAUAAAACCACCUCUCCCCCCAAAAGCGACACUCUCCUCUCCAUCUCACCCAACCUCGAAGGCAUUCCCUAUACGCCCUCUUCAAAUGAACAACCUCAAACAAAUAGAAAGGAUGUGUUACUACCAACCCAACCAGCCGCACUGCACCUGCGAUUUCCUUCAACUGAUCCAACCAUGCAUCAAAGCUCAAUACUACCCUUCACCAAACAACAACCCACAGCCCGUGAUAGUCGCCUGCUGCAACCGGUUCAUUCUGACUGACAUUGCCCCGCGGUACUGCCAACUGUGCAGUAGCCAGCUGCCACGACUCGGGCAGAUGAGUCAGGCAGAAAAUCGAGACAUGUCUCAUUUGGAGAUAGGAAAUGGGCUCCCGGGCGUGUGCAACACAACUGUCGUUGUUUUACCGCCGCUUUCUUCGUUUGCAACUGCUCCCUCUUCUUCGCGCAUGCCUGGUACCUUCGAGGGGUUUCAGCGAUCUGAUCAGAGCAUGUCUGGUGAGAAUUCGGUCGUGCGUGAACGUGUACCAUCCUCUGGUCUUCCGUUGUUGUUGCCAGCGCCCCCGAGGAGUAUGCUUGAUGUGGACCCGUCGCCAGUGGUGAGGAUGCAGGGAGCAGGUACUAAGCGGCAUUUGAAUAACGAGACAGGACAGGACAGGUGAAUGGUGUGGCCGUCAUAGUGGGUUAUAGAUCAGGGUUAUCAAGGGCAUGGACAGCUGAAUUGAGC